AUGCAACAACAGCAAUACCUGACAUCGACUACUCCCCUUCAAACGCCAUUAGGCAGCCCCCACUUCGCUCAUCAUGAUCCUUGGGCUCACGCCGUUAUCUGUUGUGAUCAAGAUCAUGGUGCAUCAAGCUCUCACUCAUUGAAUCAAAAUCAAUUCACAUCUAAUCAACAGUACUUUCCGCAAAAUCCCCGAGCUUUAGACCCUUCAACGAGUAAUCAGUUUCUCGACCGAUCGCGAUCUCAACAACCUCAGCAAACAGUAGGUACUGGAAAAUGUAAUGAAUGUUCUGCAGAAUGUCCUCUUGAGGCGUAUUGCUGUGGUGGCGAUUACUGCUGUGAUGGGUCUCACGGAUGUGAUCAUUUUUCAGAAGAAUGUUGUGCAGAUCCCAAAUGUGAUGAAACGGAUUUCGAUCAAGCAUGUCAUGAAGAACAUCCAUUUCAUCCUCAAGGUCAUUGCGGUGAUCAAGAUAUGAAAAAUUUGGAAGAAUGGGCGGAUAGUAAAGAAGGUUGUCAUGCCAUACAACAACUGCUGGAAUGUUGUAAUCAACCUGAUUGUGAUAUACCUGUUUGUCCAACUGACAAUGCAUCGAUUCAUCCACCACCGGUCGAUCCUUUAGCAGCGAUCUUUGGAUCAAUGGCUGCUCAACCUGUUAUCGCUACUCCUAUGACGGAUACGACACCGACGUCGACUGUCGAGGCAAUGUCUCAUACGUGUCAUUGGGGUAAUUGUCAUUUGAUCUUCAAGUCCAUGCCUGAUUUGCUAGCGCAUGUUGCAGCUGACCAUCUGAGUGCAUGGGGAUCUGGACCAAUGCCUGGAUCAAAGUUGACUGAAACAACUCAUCAAGCCACAGUCCCACCGCCUCAACAAUCUUCGGCAGUUCCAACUCCGACUUUCAUGUCGACCCCCACUUUUCAAACCCAGACAAUGCCCAGUAACAACAAUACCGUCAGUAAUGAUGCAAACUUGAAUUUCAAUUCGGCAUUCACUACACCUCAACAAAACGAAACGGAUCAAUUGUUAUCCUGUCUUUGGGAUGAUUGUUUCCCAAUGACAGAUCUUCCUUCUUCGAUCUCUCAGACUUUCCCUCAGAAUGACAACUCUCAUAUGCACACUCAUCAUAUUCCACAUAAUCAUCAACCUCACGAACAUAUGAACGCAAAUGGAGAACCUUUCAGUCCAAAUACAAUGCUUCGACAUGUUCUUGAAGAGCAUUUAGGUGUACCGGGUGAAAUCAUAGGUUGGCCAGCUGAAACUCAACCCGAUAUUCAGCAAGGAGGUGGUCAAGAGAAAUUCCAUCAUCACCAUCAUGUUGAUCCGCAUCAUUUGGCCCAUCAUCAUGAUCAUCAUCACGAUCAUGCCGUGACUGGUCUUGGUGGUAAUAGUAGCAAUGGUGGUGGUGGACACCAUCAUCAUCAUUCACAUCCAUUUCCUACACCACCUUCGACCGUUAACACACACGCAUCAACUUCUCCACCGCCUGCCAUCAAUUUCGCCGGUAUCGGGAAUGGUAAAGGAUUAAUUUGCCUUUGGCCAGGAUGUCCACUUAGUCAUGACCACAUUUUCCCCGAUUCGGCUUCGUUGAUGGAUCAUCUAUCAGAGGUACAUAUUCCGAAAGGAAAAGAUUCAUAUACAUGUCAUUGGGAUGGCUGCGGUGAAGGUCAAGGAAGAAUAUUCAAAUCACGUCAAAAAGUUUUGAGACAUCUACAAUCUCAUACUGGACAUAAACCAUUUGUUUGUGGUGUUUGUGAUCAAGCUUUUUCUGAAGCGGCUCCUUUAUCUGCUCAUAUGAGAAGACAUGCUCAACAGAAACCUUUCAAAUGCGAACAUCCGGGUUGUGGUAAAACUUUUGCCGUGUCUUCUUCACUUACUAUCCAUAUGCGAACUCAUAAUGGUGAAAAACCAUAUAUCUGCCCUCACUGCGGAAGAGGAUUUGUCGAAGCUUCCAAUCUCACCAAACAUAUCCGAACUCGUAAGUUCGCCAAACUGGUCUCUUAUAUGGGAACCCGAGAAUCAUCGGAUGUGGAACCUUUGUUUAUGCUUACAACUCCUUCUUUUGCAGACACUGGUGAAAGACCAUUCGCAUGUGCACAUCCUGGAUGCGGUAAGAAAUUCUCUAGACCUGAUCAAUUGAAACGACACAUGAUUGUACAUGAAAAAGCCUCCAAUGGGCUGGGACACGCAAGAAGACGAUCUAAUGUGAUCUCCAAGUCGAGUGACAGUUCAAGUACAAGUCCUAUCCGCGAGAUGAUCUUGGCUCAGGGAUAG